AUCUCGACUGUCAAAAAGUUGCGUGCUUCACACGUGCCGCUGUUUUGCAGGACAUCCUUGCAAAAUCUUGGUGUUUUCAGGAUAAAUAGCUCAUAGUCUUGUGCUAUAUUACAACAAGUGUUGCAGGCAAUAGAACGAGAUGGUGUUUGUGGAGAAAACGUUUCCUCGCGGAGGAGAAAUUCGACGAAAAAAGCCUCAGCAUAGCACAUCAAAACAACAGUUUGGCGUGAUUACCAAGAAAUUCACUAAGAAGAAAUUGAAGAGGAACGACAAGAAGAGUGAAGACACUGGCGUGGCCAAGGAGGACUCUUUCGAGUCCCGGAAGGCGGAAUUGGUGACAUCAAGAACAGUGGCUGAAGGAAUGCUAAUGAUGGGCUUCGUGAAGAGCAUUCUUCCGACGGACUUGCUUAUCUCCCUGCCAGGAAGACUCCAGGGAAAAGUGUCGAUCAGUGCCAUUUCCGUGCCUUACUCCAACUGUCUGGAGAAGAUGGUCAAGGGAGAAGAUCAGGCAUGCAAGGCACUGUCAGAGAUGUUCAAGCCUGGUCAGGAAGUGUACGUGAAAGUGGUCAAUAUAGAUAAGAGUGAGGCAAAGGACAACAAGAAGUUUGAGCUGUCUCUGAACCCAAGAGAUCUCCACAGUGAACUGCACCACACAAAACUCCACGAAGGACUGAUAAUGUGCGGAGCUGUGAAGUCCAUCGAGGAUCAUGGAUACACCAUGGAUCUCGGGGUGAAUCACGUGAGGGCCUUUCUGACUUCCCAGGAGAGCUACUCAAUCGGCGAACUGGUCUAUUGCAAUCUACAGAAGGUGAAAUCGACCUCAUCAGUGACAACGGUGCAGUUGAAAGAGUGUCCAAAGAAGAGGAUUUUGUCUUCUGAAGAAGACUUGCUGGAUCACGUUCUGCCCACGCUCACUGUCAAGUUCAUUGUCUUGGACACCGUGCGGGAUGGAUUGAUGGGGAAGAUCUUGGACGGAUCGUAUACUGCGUACAUAAACCAGAUCCACUUAGGGAGGGGAAAAGUGGUUGAUGAUUUUGAGAUUGGAUCGGAAAUUGAAGCGAAAGUCCUCUACGUGAUGCCGCUCACGAAGUUUGUAUAUCUGACCCUCAAUUCCUACGUUGAUGUGGAGAAGAGAAUCCCUUUCGGGCGUAUUUUGGAAAAUGUGGAGACUAUGGGCAAGUGUCAAAGUGGAAUACUGCUCAAUCUUCCUGGUCAUGCCAAAGGACUUAUCACUUAUACUCACAUGAAGAUGGGAAUGAAUGCCAAUAUCGAUCAGGAGGAACUAGAGCUGAAGCAUAAGCAGGAGAAGAUCUCAAUCGUGAGAGUGAUGGAUUACAAUGCUGUAGAUGAUGUGUACAAUUGCACGGAUAAGCAGAAUUUGAUUCGUGAAAAAUACUUUUGUCUGGCAGAUGCGAAAGUGGGAGACUUUGUUCAGGUGAAGAUCACACAGAAAGUGGGAAAGAAAGGCAUGAAGAUUGCCCUGGGACAGCUGCACGGAUUCGUUCAGCAGGCGCACAUGUCCAAAGCGAUGUCCGGACAGAAGGUGGACAGCAAGAUCCGAGGAAGGAUUCUGUAUGUGGACGAGCAGUACAAGUCUGUGAUGGUCACCACGCGACUUGAGUACCUCAAGGAGAGCGCAGGUAUUCUAAAAGACAGAAAAGACAUCGCCAUUGGUCAAGUGUACGUGGGAAUGAUCCAAGAUGUCACGGCGAAGAAGAUUCUUGUCCAGUUCUUUAAUAGAAUCCUGGGCGCUGUGACAAAGAGUCCAGAUCUCGUUAAUCGAUCAUUCUACGAAUCCAUGAAACCGGGAAAAAUUGUUCGAGUCGCUGUCACCAGUGUUAAUGAUAAGUUCAUCAAUCUCGCCUUUACCAAGGAUGCGAGCGAGGAAGCUCUGAAGUGUGGUAAGACUCUAGACGCUAAAGUCAUGGGAUCGUACUCGUCGGGCGUGGAAGUCGAAGUGAAGGCCACAAAAUCCAAUAUCUGGAUACCAAAUCACUACAUUUCCGAAAGUCCAGAAAUUUCUCAGCUCUUAUCAGCCACUCUCGAGUCUGCGGAGGUGCAAAUCGUGCGAGUUUCUGAUGAUAUUUACAGUUUGAGGGAUGUGGAGCACUUCCACAAGAGCAGGAUGUCCUCGUGGAAGUCUCUAAUGGCUGGCAUGAUCGUCAGAGCGUUCGUCAAGAGUAUCAAUGAUGACUGCCUGGAAGUGCAUUUGCCACUGAAAGAUACAACGAAAACUGUGAAGAUCUUCUAUCCGAUGGUGCUGAAGAACUUCCAGGAGGGCGAUGAACAGGAUCUCUUCCAUCUCGAACAGAUAAUCUACGUGAAAGUGCUCAACAAAGACAUGAAGACGCAGAUUGUGAGCUGUUCGGCGCUCUUGAGUCAAGUGUGGAGUGGAAAUGUCUAUGUUUCCGCCAAGAUGUUGACCACUUACUUCAGAGAUGUGGACAGAAUUCACGCGAGAGUGAAGCCUGAGUACAAGACGAGUGAUAUUGUGAUGGCAAAGGUUGAGGAAGUCAGUGAAGAAAGUGUGAGUGUGAAGAUUGAGGGCAGUGUGGGAGUGAUUCCCAGGAAUCUUGUAGAAGCUGAGGCAAAUGUGGGCGAUGAGCUGAAGUGUGUUGUUCUCUGGGUGGCGCCUGAAGGUGUAAUUUAUCUCAGCAACAAGACGAAUCACAUGGAGAUGAGGAAGAAUAAGGAUCAUCCGCCAUUCAGUCACAUCAAGCAGAAGGGAGAGAUAGUGCUGAAGACGCAGCACUUCUUCCUGGUGCUGCUGGAGUCCAAUCAUGUGGUGUAUGUGCCGCUGAAGCUGCACUACAACGACUUCCGACCUCUGUGCGCUGGCAGGAAUGGCGAGUGUGAGGUGAUCCUCUUGAAUGACAAGGGUGAGAGAGUGAUUGCGAUAUUCAGGGAUAUCUUUGAGGAGUGUCGCAAAGUCGCUGGAACAGAAGGUGGUGGCAAAAGGCGGCAAGACUCCCUCACGGAGUCUGAUUUGGAAGAGAUGCCACAGAAGAAGGCGAAGCUGGAAGAAACUCCUGUUAAAGAAAGUGUCCCUCAGGCAAACUUGCUGUCGAAUUUCUGGGGCGCAGACUUCUCCUUGUUGCCCAGCGUAGCCAAAGACGCCAGCGAGGCAGAAUCAGACGCCUCAGACUCUGAGACACCGGCAAAGAAGAAGAAACUGACCGCACGAGAGCGUCUGGAGCACGCAAAAGCAGAGGAAGCGAGAAUCCGUGAUCGGGAAGAGAGCCUUGCGGAUGGGAUUAGCGAUCCGCAGAGUGUUGAUGACUUCGAGCGUUUGGUUCUGAUGACGCCCAACAACAGUCUCAUCUGGAUCAAGUACAUGGUCCAUUAUCUGCAGGCUACAGAGGUGGAGAAAGCGCGAGCAGUGGCCAGGAGAGCCAUCCAGAGCAUCACGUACCGUGAGCAGGACGAUCUGGUCAACGUGUGGGUGGCGCUUUUGAACCUGGAGUUGCGCUUUGGCACUCAAGACUCUUUCGACGCGGUGCUCAGGGAGUCUCUGGAGGUCAAUGAUCAGUUCAAGAUCACAAUGAGGACCAUUGAGAUGCUGGCCGAUGUCCGACGGCUCGAAGAGUUGCGCGCCAAGGCGUCAAUGGCAAUGAAGAAGUUUAAGACAAAUCCAGAAAUGUGGCCGAAAGUCGCCGCGGCGUUCUUCACUGUUGGGCUCGCGCACGAGGCGAAGCAGCUGAUGCACAGGGCGAUCUCUGUCUUGCCGCAGAGGGAUCACAUCAGCAUCAUCAGUAGCUUCGCCAAGCUGCACAACAGAUUCGGGGAGAAGGAAACUGCGCACGCAUUGCUCGAGCAGAUCGUCACGUCCUACCCGAAGCGCGUGGACGUCUGGUCGAUGUACGUGGAUAUGCUGGUGAAGGACGAUCGCCUGGAUUUGGCCAGACAAGUGCUGGAGCGAGCUGUGCUGCAAAAGUUGCCGCUGAAGAAAAUGCGCACGCUGUUUAAGAAGUACCAAGAGCUGGAGGAGAAGCACGGCGACGAACAGAGCGUGGCAAAAGUAAAGAGCAUGGCUGAGGAGUUUGUACAAAAUUAUAUUAAAACGUAAGUUGACCUUAUAAUGUAUUUUCUCUGAAAUUAUGCUUAAUUUCUCGUUAAAUAAAAUUUGCCACUUGAUUGAAUAUAA